AUGGGAGAUAUCGAUCACAACAGAUUCUCAAAGUCCCGAGAACAAACGCAAAGAUUCAAUAACAAUCCAGAAUCCAGUUCCACCGUACCAAAAAUUAAAGUUUUAUUUCGUAGCGAGGAGUUUUUAGUGGUCGAUAAACCUUAUGAUGUUAGAAUUGAUGGAGAUGUUUCAAAAGGAUCUACAGUAUUAUCAAUCUUGUGCGAUCAAGAACCAGAUAUACCUAAACCGCUGCGUAAUGUCCAUCAACUUGAUCAUUCCACUUCAGGAUGUUAUUGUCUAGCAUUAACAAAAGAGGCAGCUGGACUAGCUAGCGUUGCCUUUGCACAAAGAAGAGUCGAAAAGAAUUAUUUGGCAAUCGUUCGAGGAUGGAUGGAAGAGGAUGCGUAUACAGUAGAACAACCAAUUGCCGAAGUCCCUAAUAAUCGAUAUCGAAUGUGUAUUGGAUCAGAAGAUAAUCCUGGAAAGGCAGCCAAAACAGAGAUUCGAGUAAUACGAAGAGGAUAUUUCUACCCAAUGCCUCUUCAAUUAUCUUCGUCCAAUAGUCCCAUAAAUGUAACAUUAAUCAAUCUUCGUCCGAUCACGGGUCGAAGACAUCAAUUGCGUUUACAUUGUCAAUAUUUGGGACACCCGAUUGUUGGUGAUUGGCAUUAUGAAAAGCAAUCGAUGGAUUACACCGACACUUUUCUAGUAACAAAUAAUAGCGAAGAUGAAGCCAUAAGAAUUUUACAGGUAGAAUCCAAUGACCCGUUUUCCGAAUUGGUCCUUGAAAAUUUGAUAAAUAAUUAA